AUGAAACACCUCUAUAAUAAAGUGCAUGACGGUGCCGCCUUUGAGAAUGUAUUUUGGGUUACGGUGUCAAAAGAAUGCAGUAUCCACGAGCUUCAAAAUAAGAUUGCCAGAGCCCUCAAGGUUCCUGACCUUUUCAAGGAUGUUGACGAAGGGAUGAGGCCACCAUUGUUGUUCAAUCAUUUGAGCGAGAAAAAGAAGCGUCUAGUUAUUUUAGACGAUAUGUGGCAGCAUUUUGAGCUUGCAGACGUUGGUAUUCCUGUCAAAAGAGAUGGUGUUCACUUGGUCCUAACAACACGAUAUCUUGGUGGUUGCAAAAAGAUGUUGUGUCAAGUGGAAGUUGGAGUUCGACCUCUAUCUGAUGAAGAAGCAUGGGCAUUGCUUGUACAGACACUUGGUUCUGAUCUACCUCCUAGUCGGAAACUUGUUGCUGAGGAUAAGGAGUGCGAACGCUUGCCGUUAGCUAUCGUUGUUAUGGCAGGAAGCAUGAGGGGAGAGGUCGAGGAUCAUUUAUGGGAAGCCACGCUGGAAAAUUCAAAACGACCAGGAGUUCUGGAACAGAGUAUGAAAAAGAGUGUUUUUCCGAUUCUGGUGCACAGUUACAACCGCUUGGAUAAGAAGAAACAACUAAGUUUUUUAACUUGUGCUCUGUAUCUUGAAGAUUGGUCCAAGUGGAACCUGAACUUAACUAGAAGCUGGACAAAACUACAAGCUUUGAAGGUUGGAGGGCUUCGUAGCUUAGUGCGCCCUGCUAUCAUCAGUCAAAGAGUGUAUGCUGAAGGUGAGGGGAGGUCUGGCCAGUCAAUGAUGGAGGGGGAUGGAACAAGGAUGAACGGGGACUAA